AUGGCUAUGGAUGAUACUGUGCCCAAAUUCAAUGCUACAGGCGAUGAGCCAAUGUCAUAUGCAUUAUUUCCUGACGAAAAGGGCUACUUCUACAUUCACGUUACUAUGAUGGUCAUUGCUUUUUGGAUCCUGAUGCCUAUUGGCAUCAUGCUUGGUAUCGCAAAAUCAUCACUCCAUGUUCCUAUCCAAAUAUUGGCAUUUUGCUUUGCCAUGGUCGGUUUCUUCUUUGCCAAAUUAUAUGGUCACUCGACUCCUCAUCUUUAUAAGGGAAACUCACAUCAUACACUGGGCUGGAUUUUAUUCUUAUUUCUGAUUGCUCAGAUGAGUGUUGGUGUGGUGCGAAAAGUAGCAAAUGCGAUUGGUAGAAGCAGCAGUAAUCACUAUGAGCGAUUGCAAGAAGAACAUCGUCAAUCACUCCAGCACAGCGCCUCGUCUUCCUCUGCCUUCGCCUCCUCCUCCUCCUCCUCGGACAGUGGAAGUCAUAGCGCCACAUCGGAUCGUCAUAGUGAAGCCAGUGGUGAGACACUUCACAUGAAUGAAUUUGAAUUCGAUAAGCAUCAUGUUGUUCGUCAUCACUAUGAUGAUGAAGAUCAAGAUCAAGACGAAGAACAAGAGGGACAUCACUUAGUCAACAACAUGUCAACUAACACCACACAAAAGGAGCCAAUCGUUAUGCGCAUGUACAACACUGUGUCACCCUAUAUACCCAACAUUGUCAAAAACUCAUUUGUCAUGCUGGCUUAUAACCCAUUCACCAAGGUAGUCUGUCGCUAUUUCCAUAUGAUAAUGGGAAGAACUUUUAUCGUAUUGAUCUUUGUGCAAACAUUGAGUGGUUUAGUGGUGUAUCAUGGUGUCUGCAGAUCUUGGGAAGUACUUGGCUGCAUUGCUCAUUUAAUCAAGGGCGGUAUCUUUUACUUUUACGGUAUCGCUACAUUUGGCCGUUACUUGGGCGCAUUUGCUAACCGAGGUUGGGCAUGGAAUCGUGUGGACAGCGCUUCUGGCUACAGCUUUGAAAUGAUUGAAUCUUGUCUCAUCUUUGUCUAUGGUAUUACCAAUACUUGGAUGGAGCAUUUCGGUCAAGAUUCUGCAUGGACUCACAAAGAUCUAGAGCAUGCUUCAUUGGCCUUCAUGUGGUGGUGGUGCGGUCUUAUUGGCAUUCUAGUAGAAAGUCGUGCCAUCCGAAGACUUUUGGAACGCACUGUUUUGACCAAGACAAACACGCAGGCGCCUCCUCAAGGCUAUUCAUUGAAUCCUUUCCCUGCAUUGACUGUUGUCUUUACUGGUCUUUCAAUGGGUUUACAUGCGCAACAAUCUGCCUAUUCAUCUAAUAUUCAUUUUAUGUGGGGCCUUCUGUUGGGAUUGGCGGCCAUAUGUAGAAUCAUAACCUACCUCACCCUUUAUCGUAAUGCACCCGAUACUUCCGUUCCAAGCCGACCACCAACAGAGUUGGUUGGCGCCUUCUUACUGAUUGCUGGAUCUAUCUUGUUUAUGGCCUCUAAUUCUGGCACUGUCCUAUGGCUUCGUAGAAACAAUGUGGACUCCAUGUUCUUACUGAAUGUCAUUGUUGCAUUGACGUCUAUGACGUUGAUCUAUGUUGCUACGUUACAAAUCAUCAAAGCAUGGGCAGAGAAGCGAGAAUAUGCAAAGAAACAAAGCAUAGAUCAACAACCUCAAUUUUAA